AUGCUCAUAUUUGCCAUUUUCGCUGCUUCACUGCUGGGAGUGGGAAUCGCCGGCCAGUGCAAUGUGCUCUACCAGCUCGACGACAUGUCCUAUUGCAAAAUCGGCCGCUCGUUCGAAGUCUACCAAUUCUACGGCUGUUCGUGCUCCGGAAUCAUGCCAACGAAGCCGAUCGACGGAAUUGAUCAAUGCUGUGAAUCACAUAACAAAUGCUACAAUGAGCUGGUCACCAAUGGUGACUGCGCCAAUCACAACGCGCCAUUCUACUGUCUCUAUAACUGGAAUUGCCAGGAUCGAACGGUGGCGUGCAACAAUAAGAUCAAAUGCCUUCAGUCUACGUGCCGUUGCGACGAGGUGUUCAUCAAUUGUCUCUCCAAGUACCCAUAUCCGUCGGUGGUCCAUAAAUGCCAAUACCACGAGUUGGCGAUCAAUACAACAAUAACUCAAUGA